AGGAAAAAAGCAAAGGAAGGGAAUGAAAUUAAAUCCGAUCUAAUAGGCAUUUGACGUCCGCAAGGACACUAUUCUCUCUCCUCUCCCUCGCUCUCUCUCUCUAAGAUACAGCGAAGAACAUGACACAAUACUCUGAAGAGUUGUUUAUUUUCCUUCCUUUUUUUUGGUUUUAUCGAGCUUGAAAAAAACCCUAGAGGAAGUUCGUUCUUGAGCUGCUACUGAUAUCCCCUUUCUGAUUAUUGGUCUGUGCGUCGGAGAAGAAGACGAGGAGUUUUGUUUUUUGUUUUGUUUGGGACAACGGAGCUGAUUGCUCUGGAAAGUUAUCUCCUUUUUCCUUGUGUGAUUCUUGUGUGAUUUGGGGUUCGAUUCAAAUGGUCGGAGAUAAUUUAUAAUCGGAGACAUACUGUUCAAUUUCAGCUCUGAAACACGGAGUCUAUCUCGCCCUUUGGAGACACUGCAAGCCUAGUAUGUCCGAAAGGGAAGCUCGGCCUGCAGAUUUGGCUCUUCCCUACGUCUUGUUUGUGUAUUUGACGGCUUCAAAGCCUCUACCUGGCCUGGAAAAUUCGCUUCUCAAGUUGAUUGGCUCAUUGAUGCAUCAAAGACAUUGCAUUUGGAAUACCGGGCUGAUAUGAUGCAAAUUACUUCGGGCUCGUAACAGUGCAACAUAUCCGAGUUGUUCUUGAUUCGUUAUAGUUAUUAGUCUAGGUAGUUGUGUACUGGUUGAUUUUGAGCUAGAGAUUCCGGGAGAAUGGUUCCAUCCGGGCCGCCCACUCCGGUAGGUGGUGGCCAGCCUGUUCCGCCUUCUCUUUUAAGGUCAAAUUCUGGUGUGUUGGGAGGCCAAGGAGGUCAGCUUCCUUCCCAACCGACAUUUGCUUCCGUUGUCUCCCCACGAACUCAGUUUGGCAAUAACAUCAACAUGAGUUUGCUCGGGAAUGCGCCAAACAUGUCUUCUCUACUAAACAAUCAAUCCUUUGGAAAUGAUGUGCCAAGUUCUGUCAUUUCUGGCCAGCGUGUGGGUAUGGAGAUGGGUGGGUGUGGGUCUGACCCAUUGUCCAGUAUGGUGACCACUGGCUCAUCAGUUCAAGCUCAGGGUCAUCAAUUCUCAGACCCUUCAUCCAACCAGUUUUUGUCAGAUCAGCAACAGAAUCAGCAAAUGGAGCCUCAGAAUUUCCAACAUGGUCAACAGUCUAUACAACAGCAGCAGUUUCCCGCAAUACGUGGAGGAGGAUUAGCUGGCGUUGGACCCGUUAAGCUGGAGCCUGGCCAGGUAUCUGCAGACCAGCACGGGCAACUGCAACAGCAACAACAGCAGCUGUUGAGAAAUCUCGGACCGGUUAAGUUGGAACAACAGCAACUUCAGGCUAUGAGGAGUUUGGCCCAAGUGAAAUUGGAACCACAACAUACAGAGCAGUCACUGUUUCUCCAGCAGCAGCAGCACCGGCAGCAACAGCAACAGCAACAACAGCAGUUUCUUCAAUUGUCGGGCCAAUCUCCUCGGGCUCAAAUGAAUCUGUUUCAUCAGCAGAGGCUUAUGCAACUUCAACAACAACAGCAGCAACUCUUGAAAGCAAUGCCUCAACAACGACCUCAAUUACCGCAGCAGUUUCAACAGCAGAGUUUGCCUUUGAGGCCACUUGUGAAACCUGUCUACGAGCCUGGUAUGGGUGCCCAACGUCUUACUCAAUACAUGUAUCGGCAACAACAUAGGCCUGAAGACAAUAAUAUCGAGUUCUGGAGAAAAUUUGUAGCUGAGUACUUUGCUCCCAAUGCCAAAAAGAGAUGGUGUGUUUCUAUGUAUGGUAGUGGCCGGCAAACAACUGGAGUUUUUUCUCAGGACGGGUGGCAUUGUGAGAUAUGUAAUCGGAAACCUGGGCGUGGUUUUGAGGCCACUGUGGAAGUCCUCCCCCGGCUGUUUGAAAUAAAAUAUGAGAGUGGCACAUUGGAGGAACUUUUAUAUGUUGAUAUGCCGAGGGAAUCACAAAAUUCGUCUGGUCAAAUUGUAUUGGAGUACGCUAAAGCAACGCAAGAGAGUGUCUUUGAGCAUCUUCGUGUUGUUCGUGACGGCCAACUUCGGAUAGUUUUCUCUCCAGAUCUUAAGAUAUGCUUGUGGGAAUUUUGCGCUCGACGUCAUGAAGAGCUUAUCCCGCGAAGACUUUUGACACCACAGGUUAGUCAACUGGGUUCUGCAGCUCAGAAAUAUCAACAAGCCACUCAAAAUGCAUCUUCAGAUACUCUUCCAGAGCUACAAAGCAACUGCAACAUGUUUGUAGCAUCUGCAAGGCAAUUGGCAAAAGCAAUUGAAGUUCCAUUGGUGAAUGAUUUGGGGUACACAAAGAGAUACGUCCGAUGUCUUCAGAUAUCAGAGGUGGUAAAUAGUAUGAAGGACUUGAUAGACUAUAGCAGAGAAACAGAAACAGGACCUAUAGAGAGUUUAGCCAAGUUUCCUCGGAGAACAAGCUCCUCAUCUGCACUUCCGGGACCGUCUCAGACACCCAGUGACCAGCUAAGGCAGCCACAGCCACAGCCGCAACAACAAGCAGUUGCGCAGAAUGCUAACAGUAACCAGAGUUCAGGCCAAGGUGGAGCAAUGCAGGUUAAUCCCAACAAUGGCGUGACAAGUGUAAAUAAUUCCUUCAAUGCAGCCUCUGCUUCUGUUUCUACAUCGACAAGCAGCAUUGCAGGGCUUAUACACCAGAAUUCGAUGAACUCAAGGCAGCAGAACUCUGCCAACAAUCCAAACAGUCCCUAUGGUGGAAAUUCUCUUCAGAUGCCAUCUCCAAGUUCCUCCAGUACCAUUCAACACAGCCUGCCGUCGUUUCAGUCUCCGACUUCCUCGUCUAAUAACAACAGUAAUCUUCCUCAACCAUCUCAAAAUGGGUUACCGUCCGUUAAUCACAGGAGUGUUGGAAGCUCUCCUGCUAUACAGCAGCAGCCGGGUCCUUCCCCGAGUGAGGCUGAAGCAAAUAACUCUCAGAGCUCUGUUCAGAAGAUCCUGCAUGAAAUAAUGAUGAAUAACCAAAUUCAUAGUACAGGAGGCAUGGUUGGUUCUGGAUCUUAUGUAUAUGACGGGAAGGCUGCUAAUGGGGUAUCUCCCGUGAAUAACCCUGGAGUCCUCGGAGGGGGAAACGGCUUGGUGAUGAAUGGACCGGUGAAUAGCAUUGGAGGUGGAGUGGGUUUUGGCACAAUGGGGGUUGGUGGGGGGAACGGGAACGGGAACGGGAUCGGGAUCAGAGCAGCGAUGGCAAACAGUAAUAAUGGCAACACAGUCAUGAACGCGAGGAUGGGGAUGAUGGGAAGAGAUCAAAACAUGGGUCACCAGCAACAAGAAAUGGGGAACCACCUCCUAGGAACCGUUAAUGGUUUCAACAAUUUUCAGUUUGAUUGGAGCGGAUGACAUGGAAACAAAGCCGAUAAUGGAACUGAGGAGAGUGGUGAUACACUAGAAAUCAGGUGGGAUUAACCAUUGGUAAAGAUACAACCUUGACCUCGCGUUGAUGAAGACGACGAUAAUACAUAUAUAUAUAUAUAUAGUAAUGGCUUUAUGGCGUCUCUAGUGUAUCCACCCUUUUUGUACUAUCCCCAUGAAAAUAGACCACGACGUUAGCAUAGAGAGUGUUUCCAUCUUUGUUUUCUUUCGUCUUUUAUUUAUGUACAACUGCUUUGCUAAUAUGUUGAUGAAAUGGGUGUCUUUUGAGGGCAGAA